UUGGAAAGAAUAAUAAUCAGAACUAAAAAAAUUUCAAGCAUCGAAAUGGAAGGACACGUUGAGUUUUGAGGUUUGAGGAAUCGUGAUAAAGCAAAUGGAAACAAACAAUUGAAGAACAUAGAAAUGGCAGCUGCGAAGAACGGUAACCAGAGAGCCUUAAGAUGGUCCCUUAACGGAAUCACUGCUCUCGUCACAGGUGGAACUCGUGGAAUUGGGCAUGCCAUAGUGGAAGAGUUAUGUGGGUUUGGUGCCACCGUCCACACUUGUUCCAGAAACCAAGCUGAACUUGAUAAGUGUUUGGAUCAAUGGCGUAGUAAGGGCUUUUUGGUUUCUGGGUCAGUGUGUGAUGUGUCAUCUCCACCCCAAAGAGAGAAACUCAUUAAGGAUGUCACUUCCAUCUUCAAUGCCAAGCUUAACAUUUAUGUGAACAAUGUUGGAGCAAACUACAGGAAGCCAACCACUGAGUACUCUGCUGAAGACUAUUCAGAAAUGAUGGCAAUUAAUUUAGACUCUGCUCACCAUCUGUGCCAACUUGCAUACCCUCUUCUAAAAGCAUCUGGAAUGGGAAGCAUUGUGUUCAUUUCAUCUAUUGCUGGCGUGGUGAGCUUAGGUACUGGAUCUAUCUAUGCAGCAUGUAAAGCUGCAAUCAAUCAGCUUACAAAAUAUCUGGCUUGUGAAUGGGCUAAAGACAACAUAAGGAGUAAUUGUGUUGUUCCUGCUACUACAAACACACCACUUGUUGAACAUCUGCUACGCAACCAGAAGUAUGUAGAUGAAAUGUUGUCUCGAACUCCUCUCGGCCGCAUCGCGGAAGCCGAAGAAGUGUCAUCCUUGGUGGCUUUCCUUUGUCUGCCUGCUGCCUCUUACAUCACAGGACAGGUUAUUUGUGUUGAUGGAGGGUUAACUGUGAAUGGAUUUCAACCCAGCAUGAGAUUAACAUGACAUUCAUGUACUUCUCAGUUUAUUGUUCAAAUGUGUUUCAUCUUUGGAAUAUAAAAGAUCCUUUAGUCUUUCAUUGGACAUUUCAUUUAAUUUCAUCCUUGGUGGUUUUGCUUGCCUGAAGACAGGUUAUUUAUGUUGUUGGAAAACAAACCCUGAAAUGAUUUAAAACAAGCUUGAGAAUAACACAACAUUCAUGUGC